AGUCUGUCAUCGAGUGCGCAGUUGAGCACACAGAUGUGCUCUCUUGGUUCAAUGAAGCUGUAAGGAAACUUGCCUGCGCAGAUAGACUACAUCAUGAUACAGGAAGACAACACCGCCGCCACACAGGCGCUGGUGUCCGCGGUCAAGAAUGGGGACAAAGACGGAGUAAAGACAGCCAUCCACUCCGGAGGGGACAUCCACACCAUCCUUCCCAGUGACGAUCCGGAUGCCCCCGGAGCCCCCCUCUUGACUCUCGCAGUCUAUCUGGGACGUGCUGAGGUGGUGCCCGUUCUCCUCAGCGCUGGUCACCACGUUGAAAGCAGGGGAUCCCACCCUUACACGCCUCUCCACGUAGCGGUGCACUGCGGCCAUCUCCAGAUCGUCAACACUCUCAUCGACGCCCACGCUGAUGUUAACGCCAAAGACAACCAUGAUGUGACCUCGCUGCACCUGGCUGCGAGGCGUGCACGUACGUCCUGUGCGAGAGCUUUGAUCAACGCAGGAGCCGACUUGGACGCCCAAGACCGCACUCUGCGCACCCCUCUACAUGUCUCUGUCUUGAGUUAUUCUACUGAUAACACCGAGGUUAUGAAACUGUUAUUGGACGCAGGCUGCAACUCCCGAGCACUCAAUAGCAGUGGCUUCACGGCAAUGCAUAUGGCGGCCAUGUCCGGAAAUGAAAAAGCUGUUCAGGAACUGUGCAUGGCCGGUUUGAACCCGGAGGAAAGGGACGAGUUUGGCCUGUCGCCAGAGGACAUAGCCGAGGCCUGGGGCAAGCACAACACAGCUUGGCUCCUGCGCAAGAUGCCCCAACGCACGAAGAGGACUUCUCCCAAACCUAUACUACAAAUGUUGAAGAGAAGUUGGGAUGAUUACGAGGCUGAAGGUGUGAAGACUUUGAGUUGGGUACACGAGAAAAACUUCGUAUUAAUUCAAGAAAAUGUCCCAGAAAACCGUGAUGGACAUUAUCAGGACAGUGAGGGUCUGACAGCUCUCCACUGGGCAGCCAAAUUGGGCCAUAAGAUUGUGGUACAUACCCUAAUCGACAGGUGUGCUUCCUUGCCCAGUGUGGUGACCUAUGAUGGGCAGACUCCAGCUGACCUGGCACGGAUGGCAUCCCACGAGGACCUGUCAAGCACCAUCAUAGAGGCUACUCACCCUCAGGCAGGCGUAUCCCCUCCAGCACUCUACAUGGAACUUCUAAUGCUGAUUAGUGCUGGUGACAGCGUGAUGGAAGCUUCUCGGCUGCUGCGCUCAGGAGCGCCCCUCGAGCCCGUGGGGGACUUCUACACCAGCGCCCUCGUCCUCGCCGUCACCUGUAACAGGCCGAGGAUCCUGAGUCUUCUGGUGGCAGCUGGAGCACCACUCACCACUUGUUCGGAGGGCCUCUCUCUCCUCCAGCUGGCCUGGCGUUCACAUGACGUUACCAUCCGGCUUCGCGUUCUUGUCACCAGGAACUUCCUACACACACUCCAGAUAGAAAGACGUCGCCUUAAGCCACAAGACUCUGCUCUUAGAGAGGGUAUUGACCACCUCGUGACGAGUCUUAGAGGCGAGACCCCUUGGCAGACCAGCUGGCCUCUUCAGGCAGACACUGACCUCACCUCACUCAUGGUCUCGGCUGCCACUAAUAACUGCCCUCUGACAGCAUCCUUCCUGAGGCAGGCGGGAGCCAAGUCCUUCCUGCAGGACCAGUCCGGCAUCACUCCUCUGCACGCGGCGCUGGACGCCCACCACUGGGACCUCGCCAGGUUGAUGGUCAAGCACAUAGGAGCCUGUCUCUACAUCCCCGACUCCUUAGGCAGGCUUCCCUUGGACAUGCUGCCCGCACACCACAGAACACAGGUGGAGGAGAGCAUUUAUCAGCAAGAGAGACAACAAUUAGAAGAUUUGAUAGAGAAGGUCAAGGAUAAGGAAGAGAAAGACCAGCUUCACGAGGUUCUUGACCAGUAUGACUCUUUGUUUGCAAGUUACCGAACGAAUUCUCCAUUGAAUAAGAAUCGCCUUCCUUCCGAAGCUUCAGCACGAGAACGCGCCGUCAACUCGUACGGUCUUCUGGUAUCUUGCCGGCGAGGGCUUCUGCAGCUGGUAUAUCUUCUUGUCACCAUAAGUGGCCUUGACGUAGAUACAGUGGUCGACGAUACCCAUGACUCUACUGCUCUCCACCAAGCUGCCGCCCAUGGCAACUCAGGGUGCUUGAUUCUGCUCCUAAGUCUUGGAGCAUCUGCUCUGAAGGCAGACCGAUACGGACAUACGCCAUCCCACUUUGCUGCCAUGUUUGGUCAUGGCACAACUUAUCAGCAGCUAAAGGUGUUCCUGGAGGACCAUCAGCCUGUCAGUGCGGCGGGAACAACCCCAGCUGGUGUUAACUCUAACUUUACAGGCUACUUGCACCGCUACAUGAAGACUGAAGUCAAGCCCGAAGGCGUUCUGGUUUUCAAAAACCCAUCUGAAGGAAUCAAGGAGCUCCUAAAACUUGUUAAUAUUAGAGACAUGGCAAGUCAAUUAAGUAAUAUCUGUGUUGACUUCACUAAAGGUGAAGCUAAGGAGGUCAGGGAGGUCGUGACCCGAGAGGUCCAGCUUAUAAUGAACAAAGUGAGUGCUGCUGACAGUCUAUACGAGGGGAAGCUAACCACUGUAGGAAGUACAUCAGACGGCACACGCCUCUAUGCACCAGAUGAGUUCGACUUAAGCGUUGUGUUGUCAAACGUUCCUGGAAUUAAAGUGGAAAUAAUUGAGUUGGACCCUCAACAAGCCGCUCAUAAUGGACACAGAUUGAGAGUUCGUGUCAAGACAGACCAUCCAAGUCUUCAAGGGAAGACUUUGAUAAAUAACUUCUAUGAGUUAGUAAGAAAGUGUUUGAAGAUUCACACUAUCGAGAGCAGUCAGUUGAGCCUUGUGCCUCCAGGGGUGACCAGAACUCAGGUAGGUGUGGCACUGACACUUGCCUGGCAGGGCAAAGAGUAUCCUCUUUUGCUGAUUGGCAUAGACUUGGUUCCUGUAGUGGCUAUCCCCUGGCCAGCAGAGGUAAGCAGACCCCCACUGACUCCUGCUAACAUCAGUCAAGUGUAUCUGUGUAACACAGCCGACGGGGAGUGGCGUUGUAGCUUUGCUGGAGCCGAGGCAAAAGUCCUGAGCCAACUGGACUCCCAGGAGCGCCGGGUCUAUGUGGCCUGCAAGACUCUUCUCUCUCACCUGAAGGCUGAGCCCUGGAUGCCUCGAGAAGUAAAGGCAAACUAUACUUGGUGGGAUUCACGCAAGUGGAAAAUCAUGAUCCCAGCAGGAUUUGCUGUGAAGAACAGCUUCCUAAAUCAGCUGCAACGCAAACGCAAGGAGAAGAGAGACUGGCGAGACGAGGACCUCUUAGACGUGAUCAUCACCAUCUUGAGAGACAUGUGUCAAGACUUCUGUGACCCAACAACUGCCGUGGAGUCCUUGGUACCAACCAAAGUUUACGCUUAUUUUGGUGGAGAGUUUGAGAAGCCCAAGACGGGGGAUGGUGCUCCUGAGAUUAUUAAAAUCCUCAGAGAGAUUCAACAGCAAGAUACUAGUCCUAAAUCAUGGUUACCAAAUUUAUACUGCAGUAUACUGUAAUUCACUCUAAAUACUCUAAAUACUCUACUGUAAAUAAAUUAGUUUUCUGCAGUUAUUUUGACAUGUAAAAAAUCUGUGAAUUUUAAAUGUAAUUUUAAAUCGCAAUUGGAUCCUGUAAAUUAUGUCUUUCAUAGUAAUAUUUUUUAUUUAGAUUUAAGAAACUUUUAUUUGAUCCAAUGUGAUAUAUAGAAAUAUACUUGAGCUUUCUCUGAGAAUUAGAUUCUAGGAUCAUUCUCUCCAUCAGAGACAAAAGAUGCUGCCAGUUUCCUUUUUCAGCACCUCAGUGUGGCGGUCCAGAGCGGAAACGACUGUUGUGUCCUCGGGUCCAGUCUGGAAGUUGAGGAGCUCCGAGAGAUCUAUACCCUCUAACCUCUCAGUGUAUUCAUCAAUGUGUAACUUGUAACAAUUAAAAUAUCAAAUAAAGCAAAAUAAAA